AUGGCACAGCUACCAUCAGGCCUUCUCGAUCAUGAUUCUAAAACGCUGCUAAAGAGAAUUGAUCUGCGACUCAACGAUAUCGACUUGAAACUGAAUGUUGUUAUCGAGCUGUUAACGACAAGGCAGCACGAUCACGGUCUUCCCAGUAUAUUCGCCUCUCCUUCACGAACGGUGAUAACUAGGGCCUUCUCGAAGAGUUGUGCUCCAACGAUUGGAAAUUCCUCAUCUGAUAGAGUGCUAUCGCCCAAGACGGAUUUCAAAGAUGAGUCGGAUGGAGAUCUUUACAUGGACGGCGAUAAUGAGAACGAUGUGGAGGAGGAUAUAUCUGAACAAGACCAGCGAAAGGAGAUUGCUCCCAAGGAGAGCAACGACAAAUUUCCUGUAAUCGGUGGCCCUUUUCCAGACGGAGCAGUGAGACGAGCAGCUGAAAAGGCUGCUAGGAGUUUUCAAAGUACUCAACCGAAGGUAUUCGCCUGGCAAAUUCUCCGCGAGUCAGUGACCGAUGAAGAACUGCGCAACGUUCAAAUCAGCCUCCGCACUUUUCACGGGGAAGUAGCGUCUCAUUUGUUGAACAGGCAGUUACCAAAGAUUCGCUUAGUAGUGGAAGCUACGAUGAGGUACUUCAAGUGGGACACUCUUCCUGAGGAGAGCCAGUUGAGCAAAACAAAACUUAUACUCAGUCAUCUCAAGAACAACGCCAAGGUACGUAACUGGACUCUCCGUGAAGGAAGGCCAAACAGAAUGCCAAGCAAUACAGCGAAUAUGGACGUGAUGUGGAAAAGAUAUGCAGCUCUUCUGAGUCCAGGAGGCCUUGCAGCCGCCAGUAUGCUACCUGCUCUGCCUACUUUGGGAAGGCAACACUUCUAA